AAUCACCUCCUCUUGAAUCUCCUGCAGGAUGGAUGGCAAAUUCACCUUCACCUGGAACGACGAUGUGUUGAUGGAACUCCUCCUCUGGCUGCCUGCAAUAUCACUUGUAAGAUUCAAACUGGUAUGCAAACACUGGCUCUCCAUAAUUUCAUCCCACCAUUUCUGUCUUCUCCACACUCUCCGCCACCACAAACCCCAACCCUCUUUCAUUUUCCACCCUCACACCAUCUCCCCUUCCCAAUUCUUCUACUUCCAUCCUCUGUCCAGUGAACGUCUGGUGCCAUAUCACUUCACUGUCCCUAUCCCUAACACAAAAAUAUUGAGCUCUUGCAAUGGCCUGCUAUUGUUGGAGUCUGAUCAACCCGGAAAGAGUUGCUACAUUCACAAUCCCACCACCAAGAAAUCAAGGUGUAUUAAUCUUACUGUCGGUGGCACGCACACAGAUCUUCUGGGGCUCAACUUGGCAUUUGAUCCUUCUAAAUCUCCUCACUACAAAAUCAUUUGCAUCAGGAAAGCUGCAGCAAGGCAGCCUGCUCCCCGUAGGCAGCCCUAUUCCCGGGAUGGACUAAGUUGUCAGAUUGAGGUCUAUGACUCAGAGAUUCACACAUGGAAGCUCUCCCUGGAAUCAUUCACAGCAUAUAGAGAAACCAAGUUCUCCUUUGGUGUCCACUGGGGAAAUGCAAUUCACUGGGAUAAUCAUCCUCGUGCCCACAUGUACUUCGACAUCAGUAAGAAUGUGAUUGGAAGCUUACCCUAUGCGCAAAUCCCAUGGCCUCCGGGAGGAGGAGGUGGAGCCUGCCAUUGCCAGCUCCAAGAAUCAAAUGGGCGUUUGCAUCACUUCAUCAUUGUAUCAGACAGAGGUGACAAAUCAAUAGCAGUACUGGAAUUGCAAGAAGAUUACUCCCAAUGGCAGUUGAAGUACCAUGACAAAUUUGGUCGGCUUCCAGGUAAGACUCGGACCUUGUGUUUUGUGAGAGGAGACGAGAGAGAGGUAGACACUAUGGUGUAUCAUGUGCCCGGAAAGAUGGUAGUUUACAAGUUCAUUGACAAGAGCUCUAAGGAGGUUGAUCUCACAAAUGAAGCAUUUUAUAAGUAUGAUUCUGUCUUGUUUGAGCCUCAAAAUAUCCAUCUGUUUGGUGAAAGCUUGGUUCCUGUCUGAUCCGACUGUUAUUAUAGCAUAAAUGAAGGUCUGCAUUUGGCCCCUCUAUAUGCAGAUUGGCUUUUGUGAAGAAUAAGGUAUGACUUUUGUAAGUGCUGGUUUAUUUAAUCUAUAAUAAUCUCUUGGAAGUAAAUACAGCCUUAAAGGUCUCUCUCUGCUUAGAAGAGCUGCAAAACUAUUAAAAUUUUAUGAUUAUGAAGAUAUAGAUAGAUAGAUAGAUAGAUAGACAGAUCACUCAAUCUCUAGUCUGAAUAGUAAUUAGUUAUGUAUGUAAAGUUACCCUUUCCAAAAAAGCAUUCUUCAUCUCUAAACCUGCCUGAUUCAAUCUCUCAUAAUAUUGUUUAGGGUGGUAAGAAGUAAGAAGAAGGAUUCUUCCCUUCCCUCCCCUGGCUGGAUUCUAAUCUUCUUAGGAUGUAAUAAUAAUAUAUAAUUAGAGUGAGCAGUUGCCAAAGAAAGGAAUCGCUUCUGAGUGAGGCCAUCCAUGAAUCAGGACAAAAGAAAUGCUAAACCCAUCUAUAAAGGAUUUGCAAUAGUAGUGAGUGAGUCAUGUCAGAAUUCCAUCCCCAUUUGAAGUUCAUACCUCAGCCUCAGACGUACAAAUAUGGAUGUCAUUGUCUCCCCUCCCUCCCUCCACCCAUGCCAAUGGCAUUGCCACCUUGGACUUGGACCUGGACCCUUCCCAUUUCUUUCUUUCACUUUUCUUUCUCUUUAGUCUGCGGUUGCACCUUCAUCGUCUCAAACAACUGCCCUUUCACAAUAUGGCCCGGUACCCUGGCCGGUUCAGGAACACCGCAGCUUCCAGCAACAGGGUUUCAGCUGGAUUCCGGCCAGACCAUUGCCAUCCCCAGUGUUCCUGGGUGGUCGGGUCGCUUCUGGGCUAGGACUGGCUGCACAUUUGAUGAAACGGGUGUUGGCUCUUGCCAGACCGGGGAUUGUGGUGGGAAGCUGGAAUGUGCGGGCCUAGGAGCCACGCCACCAGCAUCACUCUUUGAGAUAACCCUUGGAACUGGAGACCAGAAGGACUUCUAUGAUGUUAGCAUUGUCGAUGGAUACAACCUGCCACUCGUUGCUGCACCAAGAGGAGUUUAUGGUCAAUGCAAUGCCACUGGCUGUUUAGCAGAUAUUAACAUGGGAUGCCCUAAAGAGCUUCAGGUGAUAGGAAGUGAGGAAGGUGAAGGGGGUGUCGUGGCGUGCAAGAGUGCCUGCGAAGCAUUUGGAUCCGACCAGUACUGUUGCAGUGGGGAGUUUGCAAACCCGUCUACCUGCAGGCCGUCUUUCUAUUCAGGUAUCUUCAAGAGAGCCUGUCCAAGAGCCUACAGCUAUGCAUUUGAUGAUGGAACCAGCACUUUCACAUGCAAGGCCUCCGAAUACAUCAUUGUAUUCUGUCCCAAUAGCGGGAUGAGGAGAAUAGAUGGUGGAUUACAAUCUCCUGUACUGGCAGAAAGCCAAAGAGGGAAGAUUGCGCGGACAGUUUCAUCUUCAACAAUCCACCUACCUUUCCCGAUAUCAAUAUCUUUCCUACUCUUCACUCUCUUGCUUUGGCACACCUGAAUCUUGAUAGGUUUAACAGCCCUGUUCUUUCCAAGCAGCACCGAGAGAGGUCCUCGCCCACUAAACCUUAUAGGCUAUACCUCUCUAUCAAGACAAUGUAAGCGAAGCUGCUAGAGUUCAGUUUCAAGGACAUCAUGAAAAAUAUAAAUUAACCUGCAGAGUACCACACCGAAGAGACUUAUGGAAUAACUAACUCAUGUAUCAUUAGAAUGGAAUGAUAUGAAAUAUUCGAAUAAUUCAGCAUUAUCCUGCUUUGGUUAA